AUGACAAACAAUAAUAAUAGUAGCAAUGACAAUAACAAUAGUAAUAAUAACAGUAAUGAUAGUAGUGACAAUGAUAAUGGCAGCAAUAAUAAUAAUAAUAAUAAUGAUAACUGUAGUGGGACCAUUUUUGUUCAUUCCUUUCAUCAGCACUUCCGGAAA